AUGAGCGAAAAUUGGGAUCAGUAUGAGUGGAUCGUGGUGGUGGGCGGCUUUCUGGCCUUCUUCACCGCCUACGGCAUUGGAGCCAACGAUGUGGCGAAUGCGUUCGCCACAUCGGUGGGCGCCAAGUCCAUCACGCUGGGCCAGGCCGUCGUCAUUGCCGGUAUUUUCGAGUUCGCGGGAGCCGUGUUGCUCGGAGCGUCCGUGACAGACACAGUGAGGAAGGGAGUGGCAGAGACAGAGCCCUUCGAGGAUGACCCAGAAAUCCUGAUGUACGGGAUGAUGUGCGUCAUUGCGGCGACGGGUCUGUGGCUCCUCCUGGCCUCCUACCUCGAGCUGCCAGUGUCCACGACCCACUCCGCCAUUGGUGGCAUCGUCGGUAUGGCCCUGACGGCGCACGGCUCCGAGGCCGUCGUGUGGUACGAGUUCGAUGACUCCAAGGAAGCGCUGAAGAAGUAUAAGGGCGUGGCGCCCAUCAUCGUCUCCUGGGUGGUGUCGCCCGUGUUGUCUGGCGUCCUUGCCGUCUUCCUCUUCUGGUUCGUGAGGACCUUCAUCCUGCGCCACGCCGACUCGAGGGCCAGGUCGUUCAUCUUCUUCCCCUUCCUGGUCGGUAUCACUAUCGCCCUGAAUGUGUAUUUCAUCAUCUACAAGGGCUUCAAGAGGAAGCUGGGCAAGGACAAGAAGGACCUGUCUGAGAUUCUGGGCGCCGGCUGGUCAACUCUCAUUGCAGUGGGCCUGGGCUCUAUCAUUGGCGUGUGCGUGUGGUUCUUCUUCAUCCCUUGGCUGCGAGUGAAGGUGAACGAGAACCUGAGGGAGAUGGAGAACGAGAACGCCUCUAACGUCGCCCUGAAGGAGGGCAAGAAAGGUGAGGAGGAAGAGCACAAGAACCCAGCCUCCCAGCACCACGCCGGGACCAGCAGCACUGGCUUCAUGGGUGCUGUCAACAAGCUAUCCGACCACGACGUGCACGGUGUGAUCGAAACCGACAAGCAGGUCGCUGACAUUUACGAGUCCUCCGAGUCCUUCGACCCGGGCACUGAGGAGUCCUUCAAGUACCUCCAGGUCUUCACCGCCACCAUGGAUUCCUUCGCCCAUGGUGCCAACGACGUUGCCAACGCCAUGGGACCAUUUGCUGCCAUCUGGGACAUCUACAGGAACAGGGGCUUCAGCGGCUCCAAGUCUGAUGUGCCCGAGUGGAUCCUGGUCAUUGGCGGCGCUGGCAUUACCGUUGGUCUGGCCACCUACGGCUACAAUAUCAUCCGUGCCAUUGGUGUCAAGCUGGUGAAGAUGUCUGCCUCCCGUGGGUUCGCCAUUGAGCUGGGUGCUGCCACCGUUAUCGUCGUGGGUUCCCGGUAUGGCAUUCCUUUGUCCACAACCCACUGCCAGGUGGGAGCCACCGUGGGAGUCGGCCUGCUGGAGGGCAGGAAGGGUGUCAACGUCCUGCUCCUGAUGAAGGUCAUCGUGGGCUGGAUCAUUACCCUAUUGGUUGUGGGAGGCACCACUGCCGCCUUCUUCGCCCAAGGCGUGUAUGCGCCAUCCCUCCCCAACCUGGAGGCCAUCAACAGGUUCAGCGACGGCCUGAAUGGCACCCUGACCGACAUGAACGGCCUCCUCGGCGACCUCGGUCAGGACGAGGCUGCGACUGGCUUCCGGGAGAGGUAUGAUGAGACCCUGGAGGUGGCCAUCGACCAGAGCGAGGCCCAGGCCGGCAUCAUUGACGAGGCGUUCACUCUUGUGGCCGAGCAGUGCAGAGCUCUGCAGUCUUAG